ACAACAUAUGUGAAACUCGGGCUCCGCUGUCACUCGGACUCGAACCCUUCCGCCGGCGGCAUGUGUCCCCCACACAGAAGACACUCUCUGUGUCUCCUCCUCUUCACUGUCCUCCUGUCGCAGGAAUGUCUUCGACUGGUUGAGGCACAGCACUGUGUCUGGUAUGGGGAGUGUGGGGAGUCCGAGCAGGUGCCGGGCAAAAAGUACAACUGUAACUACACCGGUCCUCCCAAACCUCUCAAGCCUGAGGGGUUUGAGCUUCUCACAGAACUUUGUCCCGGAUAUGACUAUGACAAUCGAAGCCUCUGCUGUAAUGUGGAUCAGUUGCAAACUCUCAAAAGGAGUCUCCAGCUGCCUCUGCAGUUCUUGUCUCGGUGUCCGGCUUGUUUCUUCAACCUGAUGAACCUCUUCUGUGAGCUGACAUGCAGCCCCCACCAAAGUCAGUUCAUGAAUGCCUCUAAGAUCAACGCCACCAGUGUAAUUGAAGUGCAGUAUUACGUCGGACAAAGAUUUGCUAGCGCCAUGUAUAACGCCUGUAAGGACGUCCAGGCACCGUCCAGCAACGUGAAGGCCUUAUCGCUGCUGUGUGGCAAAGAUGCAAAAGACUGUAACGCGACAAACUGGAUCCAGUACAUGUUUGAUAUCAACAAUGGACAGUCUCCUUUCCCUAUCAUCCCAAUAUUCUCAGAUGUCCCGGUGUCUGGUUUCACUCCCAUGAACAACAAGACGUACGCCUGCACCGAGGGCUUGGACGACGGCUCUGGUCCUUGCUCCUGUCAGGACUGCACCAACGCCUGUGGGCCCACACCCGUACCUCCCCCUCUCCCCCCACCCUGGACCAUCUUUGGGAUCGACGCUAUGGCCGUCAUCAUGUGGAUCUCGUACAUGGCCUUCCUGCUGAUCUUUUUCGGAGCGGUACUGAUCGCGUGGUGUUACAGGAGACGGAGGAUCAUGUCCGAGUAUGGCCCCAUACUGGACAGCAAUAACCCGCUGUCUCUCAACAGUGAUAAUCCUGACCAAGUCAAUGCAUCAUGUUGUGAAAGUCUGGGCGAACGCUUCGAGAAUGCACUGCGCAUCUUCUUCUGCUCCUGGGGUUCCUUCUGCGUGCGACAUCCCUCUGUGGUCAUACUGGGGAGCCUGGUCAUCGUGGUCGCCUCCUCCGGUGGGCUGGUCUACAUGCGCAUCACCACCGACCCCGUGGAUCUGUGGUCGGCUCCCACCAGCCAGGCUCGUCAAGAGAAGGACUACUUUGACAAACACUUCGGCCCCUUCUUCAGAACCGUACAGCUCAUUAUAACCACUCCAGUCAAUGAAUCUUACACUUACUCCCCAUACUUUGGAGGAGCGGACGUCCCAUUCAAUUCCAUCCUGGCUAAAGACAUCCUGCACCAGGUGCUGGAUUUGCAGCUUGACAUCGAAGCCAUUGUGGCUCCAUACAAGGAUCAAACCGUCACCCUGAAGGACAUCUGCUUGGCCCCUCUGGACCCCUACAACGACAACUGUACCAUCCUGAGUGUCCUCAACUACUUCCAGAACAGCCAUGCUCAGUUGGACCACCAGAAGGGAGAUGAAUUCUUUGUCUGGGCUGAAUUUCACAGUCACUUCCUCUACUGUGUCAGUGCACCAGCAUCCCUUAACGACACCACCCCCCUCCACGACCCUUGUAUGGGCACGUUUGGGGGUCCCGUCUUCCCAUGGCUCGCCCUCGGGGGUUACGAUGAGACCAACUACAACAAUGCCACCGCUCUAGUGAUCACCUUUCCACUCAACAACUACCUGAACGACUCAGUCAAGCUGGACAAAGCUCUGGCCUGGGAGAAAGAAUUCAUCAAGUUCAUGAAGAACUUCACAAGCCCCAACCUGACCGUAUCGUUCAUGGCAGAGAGGAGUAUUGAGGAUGAGAUUAACAGAGAGAGCAACAGUGACAUCAGCACCAUCGUGAUCAGCUACGCUAUUAUGUUCGUCUACAUCUCCCUGGCCCUGGGUCACAUCCACAGCUUCAGGAGAGUGAUGGUGGACUCGAAGAUUUCUUUGGGUAUAGCUGGUAUCCUGAUUGUGCUCAGCUCUGUGUCCUCCUCACUGGGGAUCUUCAGCUAUGCUGGUAUCCCUCUCACCCUCAUUGUAAUUGAGGUCAUUCCCUUCCUGGUGCUGGCUGUCGGAGUGGACAACAUCUUUAUUAUAGUGCAGACGUACCAGAGAGAUGAGCGGAUGCCACAGGAGGAGCUUCACCAGCAGAUCGGUCGUAUCCUCGGUGACGUUGCCCCGAGCAUGCUCCUCUCCUCGCUCUCUGAGACGGUGGCCUUCUCCCUGGGAGCCUUGACCAACAUGCCUGCCGUGAGGACUUUCUCUCUGUUUGCUGGCCUGGCUGUUUUUAUUGAUUUCCUGUUGCAGAUCAGUUGCUUUGUCAGCUUCCUCGGCUUGGACGCAGAACGACAGGAAGGGAACCGACUUGACAUCAUCUGCUGCGUGAAGCUGCCAGAAGGUCAGCAAACAAAGACGGAUGGUUUCCUCUUCCGCUUUUUCAAGAAAAUCUAUGCCCCAUUCAUCCUCAAAGAGUGGGUGCGACCAAUCAUAGUGGCAGUGUUUGUUGGAAUACUCUCCUUCAGUAUUGCUGUCAUGAACAAAGUGGAGAUUGGACUGGACCAGAAAUUAUCCAUGCCUGAUGACUCGUACGUGCUGGACUACUUUAAGAACAUGGGCGAGUAUCUCCACACUGGAGCUCCAGUGUACUUUGUGGUGGAGGAUGGUGUGGACUACGGUAGCCUGGAAGGUCAGAAUGCUGUAUGUGGUGGAGUGGGCUGCAACAACGACUCUCUGGUCCAGCAGGUCUACGCUGCCUCACUCAUCAGCAACUACACAACCAUAGCACUCACACCGUCCUCCUGGUUGGACGACUACUUCGACUGGGUGAAGCCUCAGUCCACAUGCUGUCGAUACAUCAACGAGACAGGGGCUUUCUGCAAUGCAUCAGUGGUAAACUCGUCGUGUGUUCACUGCCGGCCCAUGACUCCGAGUGGAAAGCAGAGGCCAGAAGGUGAAGACUUCAUGCGGUUUCUACCCAUGUUCCUGUCGGACAAUCCCAACGUCAAGUGUGGAAAAGGCGGCCACGCAGCCUACGGCACAGCGGUGGACCUGUAUCCCAAUGACGCAGGCGUGGGAGCCACUUACUUUAUGACCUACCACACCAUCCUGAAGGAAUCCCCGGACUUCAUAAAUGGUUUAAAAAUGGCCCGAAAUCUGGCUCAUAACAUCAGUCAGUCCAUAAACCACAAAGUGUUUGCCUACAGCAUCUUCUACGUUUUUUACGAGCAGUACCUCACCAUCGUGUACGACACGGCUCUGAACUUGAGCGUGUCGCUGGCGGCCAUAUUUGUGGUGACCACGGUUUUGUUGGGCUUCGAGCUGUGGUCGGCUGUGGUCGUCUGCCUCACCAUCGCCAUGAUCCUGGUCAACAUGUUUGGAGUCAUGUGGCUGUGGGGCAUCAGCCUCAACGCUGUCUCCCUGGUGAACCUGGUCAUGACCUGUGGAAUCUCGGUGGAGUUCUGCAGUCACAUCGUGCGAGCGUUCUCCAUCAGCGUGAAGAAGAACCGAGUGGAGCGGGCGGAGGAGGCUCUGGCUCACAUGGGCAGUUCUGUGUUCAGUGGAAUCACGCUCACAAAGUUCGGAGGCAUCAUAGUCCUGGCCAUGUCCAAGUCUCAGAUCUUCCAGGUUUUCUACUUCAGGAUGUACCUGGCCAUCGUUCUGCUGGGGGCCACUCACGGCCUCAUCUUCCUCCCCGUGCUGCUCAGCUAUAUCGGUCCGUCGGUGAACAAAGCAAAAGUGUUUGCUGCUAACAAGCGCAACGUCGGCACAGAGAGGGAGCGGCUCCUCAACUACUAGGAGGCGGCGGACAAUGAACAAUGCCCCUGACUGUGUGUCUGGUAGGGACUGUGUGGGGGGGGUGAGCGCGAGGCAGUUUCUGUGACCACUGACACACUCGUCGUCAUUGCCGCUACUAUGCACGGAUUUCACUCAGGAAAACACUUGGGAUUGCCAGAGGCCUUGUUGGGCUGCACACUCGUAUCGACUUCUGCAGCAGACUUCAGACCCCCGAACAUUCCUCACACUACAGGACAAGCCCGACCUCGCGGUAUUUGAAGCGUGAGCAUCGUGCCGCGGGACAGAGUUCAACACUUUGACCGUGUGGACGUCAGAGAGACACCGCCCCCCCCCCAACACCAUUUUACAGACAGAUUAUUUUAGCUAUUUUGAUACAGGAAAACGUAAAAGGGUAAAAGUGGUCAGUUUUUUUUUAAUGUGUUUUUUUUUUUAAAUCUAUGCCUGAAGCAAAUCUAUAUAAAAUAGAUCUGACAUUCUUUUUUUUAUUAACUUGUUAGAACUGUUUGAUAUUAUUAACCUUUUAUUGACUGUAGCACAGCGCUCACCGGAGCUAACCAAUAACAAUAGCAAUAUCAUAAGUCCCCCAUAAUACCUGGCAUCAACAUGAAUCCUCUUUAGAGCAAACUGCAUCAGAAAGACGCACGGCUCAUUUCACCAUAGCAAUAAUAUGUUUCCUGUGCACCUAAAGAAUCUGGGAGUAGCUUGUAGGUACUGAGACAGUCAUGUUUUUACGCGAGUACACUGGAUUUUGAAUUAAAAGUGUGUUUUAGCUUUACUUUUUUUGCUUUUAUUCUAUUUGUUCACAUCUAUGAGGCCUUUUUUCUUUUUACCUAUGGAAGGUAUUAGAAUGGCACUCACUGGAGAACAUUGCUCUGCCGAGGCCACACUCAUAGAUUUCAGUCCUCUAAAUGUGGCAGAUUGAUCCAUCUCACAAUGUUAUGAAAGUCAAAGAAAUUCCCUGAUCUGCACCAAAAUUGAACGGGUUCUUCUCUGACCACAACCUUCCACCGAGUUUUCUAGGAAAUCCAUUCAGUUGAUUUUGUGUAAUCUUGCGUACAAUCCAACCAAUUAACAAACAAACGGACAGCGGUGAAAACAUCACCUCUUUGACGAAGGCACCAACAGUAAACAUCAACACCCUCAAAGCUUAAACUUGACGGUCACUGUUUCAUUUCACGUUCAGUUUACACGCAAAGUCGUAACAGGAAGUAUGUUGCUCCUGUCGUGUUUUUUAUUCUUGCAUCGAUUACCUCUUGCGCCACAUUUCAUUUCAGUGAUAGCUGAUGUAUCUUAAUUGUUUUUUUGAGGUUGUUAGUCCAACACCCCCCCGAGUCAAGAUACAUGUUCAUGCCAGAUGUGAAGGGUGCUGUAAAUAAUGCUAAUAAUGGUUUAACAUUGAAGUGUAACUGUGACACUUUCCAGUUUCUGAGGUACAGCUGCAGCUGGAGAGAUCAAACUUUCCAUUAAACUGUAAAUAACAUGCACGGGACUGAUUUAGAUUUCUGGUCAACUAGACUUUCUAGAGCAUGUUUUACUGAAUGCUGACUAGAUAAAGACUAUAGACGACACAUUUAAGUUAAUAAUGAUAUUAUUUUAAUUUGUUAACCACUAACAAUGUGAAACUGGGAACUGGAAAAAUGAAAUGUUGGAUUUUCAAUGAGUUUUUUUUUUACUUAACACCCAACAACCUAUGCUUCAACCUGUCUGAGGUGUUGGUUAAUGCGACUGAUCAUUCAUUGUGCCUUAAUCCCAGUUGUGUGCUCCCACUUAUUGAAUUUGAACAGGACUGAGACAUUAAACGAAGAGGAUGUUAUCGUUUUAACCAAAGUGUUAAAAAAAUCUUUUAAGGAACCAAAUUCCUUGUUUUCAAUCUUCUGAAACAAUGUUUUUGUUUUCCCCUCAUGAUGCAGUUGAGUUUUAUGGAAUGUAAGAAUGAAAUGUGUAAAAGAAAAAUGUUCAUGAGCGACCGACUGAGGAAGAGUUGAGCUUAUUAACGGUUCUGUGUUUUGAGAUGGAAAAAUAAUAUCUGACGAUGAAAAACUGAACCAAGCACUGGAAUAUUUAAGGUUUUUAACAAUUUCCCAAUAUAUUCUCCAUGAAAUAAUGUCUCGUCUCAAAAUGUUGUUUCUAUACUAAUGUUUGAUCAGAUGUACGUUUGAUUUAACAUUGUAUUGUCCUUGCAUCUUAUCCUUGAGGUUCUAUAUGAAGAAAAUGUACAGUAAUUUACUUUUAAGAGGAAUAACCCUUCUGGCACCUUGAGAAUGAGAUUGUUCAGACCGACCACAGUGUGGCGUCCUCCGUUCACAAAGCUCUGACUGCAUCCUGCUCUCAGUCAUGUAGAUGUUGAGUGACCUAAUUUCCAUGUCUUGAAGAUAUGCAGCCGUGCAAAGCUUUCUAUUUGUCUCUUUUUCCAAAUGCAGAGUCACUCUGAGCAUAAUGGAGAAGGUUGGUCAGCUUCUAAAUUGGCGUCAUUUGGAUAUUUACACUAUAACUUCAGAGGCUGUCGGUCACUCACAUCCCAUCUGAGAGCAGCUGCCAAACCCGGAGCUGGGUCUGCUUCCUCAGUGUGUGUUGUUGUGUGUUGUUGUGACUGUGCGUCCAGCCCUGUUGUCACACAAACCUCCAGCUCAUAACUUAUUUAUCCGCUGCCCUGCGAGAGCCGGGGACUGUUCUUUGAUUCAAGCUGAGAGAUUAAAAUAUUAAUUUCCUCUGCGGGGGAGAGCGUUGCGAGCGCAUGAUUAUGUAAGACGUGCAAAGCUCACCUCUCUCUCCACCAGACACUGACCUGCCCCUGUCCUGUGACACGUACAUACUGUACAGAAAGGCUCAUUGUAGUUCAUGAGGGGGUGAGAAACAUUUUUGGGGGGAAAUAUUCUCACAAAUGUAAGAAAAUCAAGUUAAUUUUUGCUGAAAGCAAUCAGAGUGUAACACAGAAAUGCCCUAAUUCCCAAAUUAUUUAUAUGAGCACACAAAAACACAUGCUCAGUUAGACUCAGAUAUUCAUCUGAUAGUUCUCUCAAUACCACACACACUCGAUGUUGGUUUCAUUUACGUAAAAAAAAGAGUUACUUGUCUAAUCUUGGGAUAAAUCUAUUAAUAAAAAUGUUUUUUUGUAUAAUUGC